AGCUAAAGUUACAAUGUAGCUAAAGUUACAAUGGGGAGACUAGAGAUUUUUUUCAAUGUAAAACUUCUGUCUCUCAAAUAAAACAUCUGAAAUUCAAGACAUCUUUAAGAAUUUUGUACAAAAGCAUGCUGAAGGACAGCGGAUCUUGUUUUCUCCCAGGAAAGAUCUCUUGGGAUCCCUUUUCCUUCUUGUUUUAAAUUGAUUGUCAACAGAUGCAGAAGCCACAUCUUUUUGUUGCUUUAGUUCUUAAAUUAUUAAGCAAAGAGAGAGAUGAAACUCCUUAAGAUUGGCACUGGACAAAACAGCUCUUCCUCCUGGCUUGUGAAAUUCAGUUUUCUUUGGCUUUUUACCCUGAACUGUUGCAAAGCUGAUGCAGUUUGGACUGCUUAUAUGAACAUAUCAUUUCGUGUUGGGAACCGCGUGUUGUCAGUUGUAGGGGAAACUGGAGUAUUCGGAAAAAGCUCCACUUUGAAGAGAGUGACAGGCGUUCUAGUGCCUCCAGAUGGAAAAAAUAAAAAUGCAUGUAAUCCCAAUACCAGUUUCAGCACACCAAAGAACUCAGAGACAUGGCUUGCACUUAUUGAACGGGGCGGUUGUAACUUCACACAGAAAAUUAAGGUGGCAACUGAGAAGGGAGCCAGUGGAGUGGUCAUCUAUAACUUUCCAGGAAGUGGCAAUCAGCUUUCCCCUAUGUCUCAUCAACCUUUUGAAGACACUGUUGUAGUUUUGAUUAGCAACUUAAAAGGAAUGAAACUUCUGCAUAUAAUUCAGACGGGAGUUCCUGUUACAGUUACAGUUGAGGUGGGGAGAAAAUAUGUCAUCUGGAUGAAUCACUACUUUGUCUCUUUCUUGAUUGUCACUACUGCUACGUUAACAUAUUUUGCCUUUUAUCAUAUUCAUAGACUUUGGGUAGCAAGGAAUCAGAGCAGGAGAUGGCAGCAAUUAGCCACAGAUCUUAAAAAAGCUUUUGGCCACCUCCAGGUUCGGGUAUUAAAGGAAGGGGAUGAGGAAUUAAAUCCAAGUGGAGAUAGCUGCGUAGUUUGCCUUGAGCCAUAUAAACCUAAUGAUACAAUUCGCAUUCUGACUUGUAAGCACAUUUUCCACAAGAAUUGUAUUGACCCUUGGAUUCUAGCCCACGGCACGUGCCCCAUGUGCAAAUGUGACAUUCUAAAAACUUUGGGGAUUCAGGUGAACAUUGAAGAUGGAAUAGAAUCUUUGCAAGUUCUAAUGGCAAAUGAAUUAACUGAAACCCUGUCACCUAGGGAAGAGGAGACAAAUAAUGAAGUUACCCCUGAAAGAAUGCCAGAUGCAGAAGAACACCCCACUUCUCUGGAUAGUAACAGCAAGCCCAGUUCAAUAGGGGAAACUGUUUAUCCUUCACCAUGACAGCAUGACCUUUGAGGAAGUAGAUUAAAUCUGUUUGUCAAAUCAGGUCCUAACACUGAUAAGCAGUUUGUUUGAA